CUGCCGGGCACGUUAACAGCGUGAAAGAAAUCGCCGGUGUGACUGUGCCGGCGAAGUGUCACUCACAGCAAGGCAAACACCACUACAGCGUAUCUCUGGACCUGAACAAGGCCGACCGUGCCUUGAGUGGUGGAAGCUGCACUUGUCGGUACGGGGCCUCGGGAAACUGCAAACACUGUGCAGCAGUUGUGAUAUACAUCAACGAAAGUGAGGACGUGUCCACAACAUCAUAACCACAGCAGUGGGGGCGGCCACCAAAGACGUCAUUUAUUAAUGACAAGGCAUCUAUUGAAGAGGUGUUUGGCGAAAAUACCCAUCCAUACGUUGCGGGAAAAGAACCCACAAUGCUGGAGCCAGAAUAUGUGAUAAAUCGCCUUCCUGAAUUGAGGUGUCACAUGAAUACCAUUCUUAGAGAAGUUGGUCAAAACAUGGACAAUGUAACUGCUGACAGAAGUGUUGCCAAUGUAGAAGAGAACAUGGCUGAGCUUCAAGGGGUGCUUAACCCACACAGAGCUGCAUACCACUACUUCGAAGUCGUAGAAAAGUACCCAAAGGUCCUAGUAAAAAGGAAGGAUUAUAGUAAAUUACUUUCAAAGGAGUCAGCCGAAUACUACAAGAAAAACGUGAAGUGCCAGGGCACACAUCACGUAUGUGCACUUACAAAGGGCCAGUCUAUGAACCUAAGGUGGCACCGAGAACGACGAGUGCGUAUAACGUGUUCUAUGGCGCACACAAUACUCAGCACGAGAAAGGCCCCUGCUGACUUGGUAAACACACUACUGAGAACGACAAACUUUUCAUCGGAAGCCACAACAUAUGGCAUAAAGAUGGAAGCACUUGCCCGGAAGGAGUUUCAAGGUAAAGUUUCUGUACAGGUUAUAGAGACUGGAUUGGUGCUGCACUCUCUCCAGCCGUGGCUUGCUGGCAGCCCAGAUGGCCUCUUCCUAUCCAACCAGAAGCCCUGUAUUCUUGAGAUAAAGUGCCCAUAUUCAAGAAAAGACGACAUCAUCAUAGAUGACCGAUUGGAACACUCAUUUGUGCCAUACGUAAAAUAUGUAAAUGGUAGACUGACCCUCCUGUAGAGUCAUAAGUAUUACACACAAGUGCAGCUGCUAAUGUAUGUGUGCAACGUUCAGAGCUGCUAUUUUUUAUUUAUUCAUGUAAGCAAAGCAUAAUAAUAGAUAUUGAAAGAGACAACAGUUUCCUGUGUGCAUCAGUGUGAGCACUAGAGGAAUUUUAUUUUGCUUGGCUACUGCCAGCAUUUGCUAGAUGGCGGCGAGUGUAGUUUUUUGCAAUGUGUAUAAAUUUUUAACGUGUUAAAUUUGAGGUAUUGUGUGAAGUUGUUUAAGGUAUUGUGUGAACUUUAA